AUGUCCCGCUGCGGCCGCCGGGGUCGGUGCUCGGCGCUGCCGGCUGGCCUCCCUGCGCUGCUGGUCUUUGCGCUGCUGCUGCUGGGCGUCUGCGAAGGGAGCGAGCGGCCAGGCGAGGAUAUCUUCAACUCGCGAGCAGCAGAAACACACAGCAACAGCAGCAGCAGCAGCAGCAGCAGCGCGCACCCCUGGGGCGCCACCUGCGCAGCCUACAAGUCCAUAAACGUAGACUUUCCGCUGCUGCAGGCCAGGGCCUCCUACAACUUGGGGCCCCUGGUGCAGGGGGCCCCCCCGAUGGGUUGGGUUUGCAAAGCAGCAGAGCCUUUGUUUGAACUAGAGGAGUACCCGCCCUUCUUCCGGUCCGUCCUAUCCCUCUUGGUCGGCAGCAGCAGCAGCAGCAGCAGCAGCAGCAGCAGCAGCCACAAGCUCCACAGACACAAAGACAAACAUGUCUUCUUCACCUUCAACCCCUGCAAGCUGCUGCCCCACACUUGCCACGGCUCCCGCGGCCGUCUUUACAAGUUUGCUGCCAAACUCAAAAAGCCCCACGACCCCCACGAGGAGAUCAAUCGCCUCCUCGCAGACUUCCUCAAGGGGCCCCCGGGGGCCCCCCCGGGGGGCCCCCAGGGGGGGGGCCCCCAGGGGGGCCCCCAGGGGGGCCCCCAGGGGGGCCCCCAGGGGGGCCCCCAGGGGGGCCCCGGGGAAGGCGAGGAGGAAGCAGACACGACGGAGUGUCUGCAGAACGUGCUUGCUGCGAACUCGACUGCGGUGUACGGACACCGGGAGGAGCUGCUGCAGCAGCACCCGGAGAGCAACGGAGUGGGGGGGUUGUGGGGCGAUCCCGAAGUGAGCGACGAUCCCACUCCCUGGGAUCCACUGGACCCCACAGAUCCCUUUGGGGGCCUCCAGGCGAGCUUCCGCCACGCCCACGUGUUUUGUCCGGAAGCUGCGCUGCACAUCAACGUGCUGCUCAAGUGUCCCGCCGCUGCUGCUGCCAGCAGCAGCAGCAGCAGCGGCAGCAGCAGCAGCAGCGGCAGCAGCAGCAACUUCGAGCUCUGCGAACACUCCGACCCCUGCACCUUCCGCAUGGUCAUGUCUUCUACUGCGGCUUGCCCCACAGCCGUCGACUACGGCAGCGCCCCAGCAGCAGCAGCAGCAGCAGCAGCAGCGCCAGCAGCAGCAGCAGCAGCGGGGGGGCCUCCGCUCCCUGCACCCAAACACCAACCCAAGACGCAGCCAGACGGGGGGCCCCACAAAAAGGCUAGGGGGCCCUUUGAGGCAGUUGGGGCCUCAGCCAUUCAGCAGGACUUGCGCAGCAGCGGGCCCCACACGCACAGCGCUUCCCCAGCAGCAGCAGCAGCAGCAGCAGCAGAGGGGGGGGAGAGCCUAUGGGGCAGGCUGCCCUUCCUGCUGCUUUUGCUGCUGCGGGUUGGGCUGUGUCUGCUGAUCUUUGCCUGGAUAAUUCACACAAUUCGGGACUGGACAGAAACAAAAAUGCAAUAUGUUCCAUUUUCCGAAGACAAAGCAGCAGAAGCAGCAGCAGCAGCAGCAGCAAAUGUGAAUUCGUACGACAGCUGCGUGGAGGCGCUGAGGGGGCUCUCGAGCCCCCCAGCAGCAGAAGCAGCAGCAGCAGCAGCAAACGACUCCGACGGCUUCCAGCUGGCCGUGAAGUACCCAGAGGGCCCCGCCGCCAGCCGCCCAGCAGCAGCAACAGCAGCAGCAGCAGCAACAGCAGCAGCGGCAGCAGCAGCAGCAGCAAGGCCUCCGCGCCGCGCGCUGCGGGGCCUCUACUCAACCCCCGGGCGGCGGCUGCUGAGUGUCUGGCUGCCGCAAACAAUGGAAGCAGCAGCGCAGCAGCUGCAUGCGUUUUCGGAAGGAGCAGUGAAGGUCUGCAGCAAAGCUGCUGCUGCAGUUUCGCGCAGCAGCAGGGGCCCCGCGGGGGAGUUCACUGCUGCUGCUGCUGCUGCUGCUGGGCCCCAGUGGGAAUGGACUGACGCUCUCGACCUCAGCAGCACAGAAGCUGCUGCUGCAGCAGCAGAUUCUUUUCGCCAGCCCUCCCAGGGCCUCAGGGACUACGAAACCAUUAACUAG